UCUCUGGUUGAAUAUAAUUUGUGAAAUGUUUUGGAUGUUGACUGGUUGCUUGUUUUUUUAGAUUUUGGGAUUUUUUUUUAAAUUUUAGCUUUAGCUGACUAAUUUAAUAAGUGUCUGAUAAUAUGGCAGCUUUGAAAAUUCUAGCAUUAACAGUUUUAAACUUUCUCGCUCAAAAUGCUCUGGCCCAAAGAUCUCCAACUAUAUCUUACAUCAGCCAGCAGCAAAUAAAAGAUAUUGGAGGUACAGUGGAGCUAUCAUGUUCUGUGCAGUAUACUCAAGAUUAUUCGGUCUUAUGGAUAAAGGCUGAUCCUAAUGGAGGCUCUUACAGUCUACCGAUUUCGACAGGAAGUUCCUUGAUUUUACAUGACUCCAGAUUUGCUCUACGUUAUGAUACGGCCAGUUCAACGUACACCCUUCAGAUCAAAGAUAUCCAGGAAACCGAUGCAGGUUUCUACCACUGCCAGAUAUUGAUCUCCCCCAGCAACAGGGUGUCUGCGGAAGUGGAGCUCCAGGUCAGGAGGCCCCCAUUCAUUUCCGAUAACUCUACGAGGUCUGUUGUGGUCUCCGAAGGAGAAGCCGUUCAGAUGGAAUGUUACGCUGGUGGUUACCCAACCCCCAGGAUAUCUUGGAGGCGCGAGAACAACGCCAUUCUACCUACCGGUGGGUCCAUCUACAGGGGCAACGUGCUGAAGAUUAAAUCGAUAAGGAAGGAAGAUCGUGGUACAUACUACUGCGUUGCGGAAAACGGCGUUGGAAGGGGUACUAAGAGAAAUAUAGCCGUGGAAGUUGAGUUUGCCCCCGUGGUGACGGUGCCGAGGCCGCGUUUGGGUCAGGCGCUCCAGUACGACAUGGAUCUGGUCUGUCACGUGGAAGCCUAUCCGCCGCCGGCCAUUUCGUGGGUGAAGGACGACGUUCUCCUGAACAAAAAUCAGCACUACGACCUGUCGCAUUUCGCCACAGCUGACGAGUUCACCGAUACCACCCUCAGGGUGAUCACCAUCGAGAAGAGACAGUACGGACAGUAUAUUUGCAGGGCCGGUAACAAGCUUGGCACUGCCGAAGGGGUGGUUGAAUUGUUCGAAACGGUGAUUCCUGUAUGCCCCCCUGCUUGUGGUCAAGCACGUUACGGAGGUGGAGCCGCCUCCUUGUCCACCAGUUCGGCAGCUUUGAUUCUAACCCUAAUCAUCAUGGUGUACAGAAAUAUCAACUCCAAACAUUAGGUACUUGACCGUUCUAACAAUUAACACCGCCAUACUCAGGACUGCACCAAUAUCUGUAUUUUUCCUGAUAUCGAUAGCAAUAAUUCUAUCAAGCAAUCUCUUGACUUUCUCUCUGUGAUUUACCGCAUUUAGAUAAACGUAGGGAGACAAAACAGACAAAAAUUGUUAUUGACUAAGAUUUCUCCGAGAUGGCAUUCUCAAUCAUCAAAGUAAAAAUAGAGGGAAAGAAAUUACUCAUGUAAUUUUUUUCACCUCUUUUGUACUCAUCGGUAGAUGAAGAAAGUUUUUCAGUACCAAGUAUAUUUUUUUCGAAUUAUUCUCUCAUGAAGUUGAAACAAAUGUAUGAUAUUCAAUAUCGUAACUGUUAUGAUUUUUUACCAACUGAAAAACUUUUUAAAAAGCCUGAUUCCAAACCAAACAUGAAUUUUUAUAUAAACUUUUCUCAAUUAGGUUAAGUAUUAUGAAGGCCUAGAUAAUUUACACAAUUUUCAUCGUAAAUAUCUUGAAUUUAUGUAUGUGGAUCUGUUGGUUGUGCCCGCAACUUAAAACCGUGAAAUUUUAUAUUUUUGUAUUUCCUUUACAAUUAUCGUUGUGAAAUUGUGUAUUUUGGUUGAAUUCACAGUGUACAAAAUUUAUUAUGUAAGGCUUUCCUUUUUUAUAAGGUAUAAAAUGAUGUUGUAAAUAUCUUUCUGAUAAUUUUCAAUAAUUGACCAUAAUAGACUUGUUUCAAAUGAAAAUAAGUCGAUGAGGUAGAAAACUGACCCACAUUCGGACCAUAUCCAAACUAUAAUAUCAUAUUAUAAUUUCAAAAUCGAAUAUUUUCAUUAUUUUUAUAUCUAUAUAUCUGUAAUUUCAAAAAUACUCUAGAAACUUUGAGACUACUUGAAUUCGUCCAUUUUAUCUAUUGUUUUAUACUAUUGUAUUAUUUUACUAACUUUUAAGUGAUUUAUAGUUUUCAUUAUUCAUAAUAAAUUAAUGAAUUUGGGUAUAAUUUA